CUCCCGUGCGCGGUGUCUGGCUCGAGCCGCGCACACCAGCGCCGCCCGUUUGUCCUCCCGGUGGUGAGAGUAUGCAGGGCGGUGAUAACUCUGGCGUCGAGGCUUCGGCGCAAACCUCGCCAGCGCAGGGGCUGCCAUUUUCAACCCUCAAAGCUGGCUCCUCGCGCGCUCCGGAAAAUAAAAGGGUGGCCAAGGCCCCUGCUCACACCUUGGCUAGGUUUGGAUGACCGUCUCUAAGCCCGCGACGAGUGGAUGCCCCAGGCGGAUACCUGCACCUCGGACAAUCAGGCGUGAUGGGCGUCGGGGAGGGAUGCAGUCUCCGGCGCCCUGCCCUGUAACAGCAGCAACGUGGACGGUGGCGGAGCAUCAUGAACCUGGACGCCGAGAACCGCGUUGUGCUCAACGUGGGCGGCAUCCGGCACGAGACCUACAAGGCCACGCUCAAGAAAAUUCCGGCCACCCGCCUGUCACGACUGACCGAGGCCCUGGCGAACUACGACCCUGUGCUGAACGAGUACUUCUUCGACCGGCACCCCGGUGUGUUCGGUCAGAUCCUCAACUACUACCGCACAGGGAAGCUCCACUAUCCUACCGACGUGUGCGGGCCUCUCUUCGAAGAAGAGCUUGAGUUCUGGGGGCUGGACGCCAAUCAGGUUGAGCCCUGCUGCUGGAUGACCUACACGCAGCAUCGAGAUACGCAGGAGACACUAGCUGUCCUUGACAGACUCGAUCUAGAUACAGACAAGCCGAGCGAUGAAGAGAUCGCCCGAAAGUUCGGCAUGGAAGAGGAGUACCUCGCCGGAACGCUGUCCUGCUGGCAGCGAGUCAAGCCCAAGAUCUGGUCGCUCUUUGACGAGCCCUACUCGUCGACUGCUGCCAAGGUUAUAGGAGUCAUGUCUGUCUUCUUCAUUUGCGUGUCCAUCCUAUCGUUUUGCCUCAAGACUCACCCCAACAUGCGGGUUCCCGUCAUCAAGAACAUCACGGUGCAGACGGCGGCCAACCAGUACGCCUGGACGCUGGACAAGAUGCAGACGAACCCGCACGAGGCCUUUUUCUACAUAGAGUGUGUCUGCAACGCUUGGUUCACCUUUGAGAUCAUUAUUCGCUUUGUGGCCAGUCCCAGUAAGCUAGACUUUGUGCGGGGGGCAGUGAAUAUCAUUGACUUCACGGCCACAUUGUCUUUUUACAUCGACCUCACACUGCAAAAGUUAGCCUCACACUUGGAGAACGCGGAUAUUCUCGAGUUCUUCUCCAUCAUUCGUAUUAUGCGUCUAUUCAAAUUGACCAGGCACUCGGCGGGGCUCAAAAUCCUCAUUCAAACUUUCAAGGCGAGCGCCGGGGAACUCAUACUGCUGGUUUUCUUCUUAGUGUUGGGCAUCGUUAUCUUUGCCAGCCUGGUGUACUACGCAGAGAGGAUUCAGUCGAAUCCGGAGAACGACUUUAACAGCAUACCGCUUGGUCUGUGGUGGGCGCUAGUCACGAUGACCACUGUGGGCUACGGAGACAUGGUGCCCAAAACGUAUGCUGGAAUGUUUGUGGGUGCUCUGUGCGCGCUUGCCGGUGUGCUCACGAUCGCGCUUCCUGUGCCGGUCAUCGUCUCCAACUUCGCAAUGUUCUAUUCGCACACGCAGGCCAGGGCAAAACUGCCCAAGAAGCGGCGCCGUGUCGUGCCUAUUGAAGUGCCGCGGGGACCACAUCGGAGGCCGGCCGAUAUGAAGAAUCCAAAGGACUCCUGUAAACCAGGGAGGCAAUCUAUGGCGGAUAUGGGGCCACCUCGAAGGAACCAGCCACUCAAACCAAGGGGGCCAGUUCUAGGCGAAGAGUCUGUGCCGAUGUUGAUGCUAAACCAUUCGGAAACAGCGGCUGCGACGCAGGGUGAAGCCUCGGCAAAUCGUUCUCACCGGCGCCAAAGCUCCAGUGCAGACAAGACCAAGCUACUGGAACUCGGAGCCUCCAACAUAACAACAACACCCAACGUUACCUGCAGCAGCGCGGUAGACGGUAGCAGCUCGGCGGUGAACCCAGCCUCAACGACGGCCAACCUAAUCCAGUUUUCUGAUAUGGCUACACACCGUGGUUCCACGCAAUCGGCCUCUUCUGUGCUGGCGAUAACGACAAAAAUUGAGACGUGAGCCCACUGAGCGCUUAUAGGAGCCUUCCACUGAGAACUACUUUGUAUAAAAGGUGCAAAGACGUACAGACCUCGGACCACGCACAGGAUAUGAACUGCGCGUGGUAUCAGCAGCGUGCACAGCGCAGACCCACGUGGUCAGAGGUUCAUUGCACGUUCAUCACGAGCAGCUAAACAGAGACACUGUGUUCUUGACGAACCUCCGCACAAAUGAAAGAGGGAGAGAGAGAAGAACGAAGAGGUGGGACUCCUCCGUUAACGGCCACCACUUUUACCUCCACGUGUUAAGGAUACUUACGAGACACCUGUUGGCAUUUUUUUGUUUGUUCUGCUGUUCAUAAGACUGGUGUAGGAACAUUACUGCACAGAAGAAUCCAGGUUGAACUUACGGUUCAUCUCUAUAAAUAUAUAAUAUAUACAUACAUAUAUAUAAAAAUAAGUUAGGAUUCUCAUGUUUUUCACUAUACAAGUUUGUAAAUAUUGUAAUCACUUCAUGGCACCUUCGGUACGCUGUUGUAAUUUCAGGACUAAACAUAUAAAUGGACCAAUAGGUAUUUUUUAACGUUACAAGACGGAGAGGUCGAGAGAGAGUGAGAGAGAGAUAUGGAUAUAUUUGAUAAGGUCAGAUAUAUUUGUCAGGGUAGCAAGUGCUCUUGUUUGGUGCAAUUGAGGAAGUGUGCUUGAAGGGAGUAAGAUGGCGCUGUUCCCCACGCAAAGAGAUAAACUUUUGUACUAUCGGGGCUGUUAUCACGUUAGAUGUUGUUGCUCAAAAUAUUGAAUUCAGAACGGCGUGUGCUUCGACCACGUGCUGCGAGAAAAGAAGACUCCAGGCGGGAUACAAAAUUGAAGUACCACGAGGGCGGUGCUAAAGUAAUGGGUGUCCAGCGUUUUCUGCGCUUCUCGCGGUGCUUAUGUACCUUGUGACGGUGAAACCUCGGACAAAGUAUCGUGUUCUGAUUUCAUAUAUAGGAAACGAAGGAUCUUGCUUAUCUGAUGCAGCAUCCAGAACGAUUCUGAUUUCUGAGUUACACGUACUGUUUGGGACACGGGUGUCUAAAAUCUCCAGCCCGUGGCGUAUUGCGAUCCCCUAUCGGCGAUGUCGCGCUCGAAGGGACUUUACCAAUACCUUCCCCGGGGGUGGGGGGCGCUCAACUGCUCUCCGUAGCAGACGACACCGAGUAUGCCAUGGUCCUCUCUACCGACAGGUGGCGGUACGUGGCCUCCCCUCGGAGACUGUAUUGGUAUAGUUCCCUAGUGCAAGACAUCGCCGAUAGGGGACUGCUCGGCCAUGGGCUGGAUAUUUUAAACAACCGUAUCCCAAACAGUACUUCUAUGGGCAAUACCCCUCGAAGACCGUCCCAUUUGCCUUAUCAGAUAACAAGGUCCCUCUCAAGUUUUUUACCUUCAAAUUAAGGCCGAAAAAUAUUGUCUUGGAAACUUCAGCAUUUCAUCAUUGCAUGGUUCACAUUUUACAACAACAAAUAGCUAGUGAAGACCACAUCAAGGGUUUUACCGCUUGGGUACGGUACAGGGGUCUGCAGGAACUCCGGAAUUCCUGGACACCCUAAACAUGUUUGCUUGUGUUUGCAGUGGGUCAAAUGGAUGCCCUUUUGAACGCGUAGAGUGACGACAUCUAUUGUUGGCUGCGAGCUGCAACAGUACCUUCAACAUUUAAAAAAAAAUGCUAUUGUAUGACUGUAUUGAAGGUUCCUUUUUCUCUGAUAUUUCGAGCGGCAGAAUUUCAAUUGUGCGGAUACACAUGUCAAAAUGGCAGUCAUAUCCCUAAUCAGCUGCUAAGGGGCAAGCUCAUGAAGUAUAAGUAGGGGUAGUGUAACCUAGCACUCAUUGCUUUUGUGUAUUUUGCAGGCUUUGCAGCAUCCAUUUAUUGUGUUAUUCAGUCUCCUCGUUGAUUCAUUUUGGUAUCUUUCAAAAUCAAAAUAAAAUGUUGCCUUAAAAGUCUCAA